AUGGCCGCAUUUCAACGAGACAAGAUUGAGAGCGACUGUUAUGAAUUUGAAAAAUACAACGAGGAAGCAUAUCGCAAUCUUGACGUCGUCAAGACUUUAGUGCUCCAUGGAGAAAUGGAUGCAGUACUUCGAUCUUGUGCCUAUGAAGGCUCUCGUCUCUCAGACUGGUGGCAGGAGACUGAAUGUGACUGUAUGCCGCGAGUUCUUGGGUGGAACAGGAUAUGCAAGUACGCCAUCAAGAUGUAUAUUAUACUCAACCUUUUGCAUUUCUUCCCCAAAUCUUGGGACAGGGAUGGUGUACCUGUCGACGACUACCGCAAUAUCAAGGCAUAUCAGCUGGCAAUCCGAUCUUGUACAAAGACCGGAUCUCUUGGUGACGUUGCGAUGUACCCUCAUUGGAACUUCUUUGGUAUAAAAAAGGGCCAGUUUAGGCGGAAUCCGAAACCAUUUGAUGUCCCUCGUUGGAAACAUUUCAUGAGAUUGGAAAGGGAUCGCUUUUGUUUUUGGUUCCAUGAUGACGAUGCCGCUGAUGAUGGGGUUGGCCUCAAGGCUGAGGAUGAGUUUACUGAGCGCUCGGCUCAUGAUCCCAAUGGCUAUUAUGCCUAUGCGUUGACGUUCUACCCAUACGGUCUCAUAUCCUACGAAGAAUUCCUCAACUUUGAAACACCAGUCGGCCAUCAAAUCAGUCCAUCGGAUGUCACAUACGUCAGAUGGAUACUAUGUCAAAAAGGACUUCCAGUUGAGGUAUCUGAUUGCAUUCUGGAAUAUGCAGACUAUACCCCGAGAGGAAGUCUAUCGCUGUCUGGAAAACCUCUGCAUCCUCAAUGUAAACAGGAACUGGACUGCUAUCUCCAUUAUUGCUGGCAACUUAUCGUGAGAUGCUAUAUGCUGGGCAAUGAGUUGAAAGAUAAGAUGGAUAUCGAGGAUCUCCUUCGGAUGGAGGUCAAAGAUAGCUUGGCUGAGUUGUUCAGCAAAAUCUGGGAGACACGGGACUGGGUUGAUUCUGAUCGCGAGCUGCAAAACCAGGAUGUUUACAGAUUGCUUCUCGACUGCAUGCCUAAUCUCCGCGAGAUUCGGGUGGAAAGAUGCAAGACUGGGUUCGAUGGUACUAAUAGUUAUGAUUCAGAUUUAGAUGAUGCGACGGCGGCUACCGCUGCUGAUGAAUAUGAAGAUGAUGCUUCAUGUUUUAGUGGCACUGAUUCGGAAGGUCUUUAUAUAGGACAGUUUGGACCGGAAGAGUUUAUGUACUCGAAGGAAGCGGAGUGGCCACCUGAGCUGCAUGUCGCUGGCUGGACUGUGGACAUCGCCGAGGAGGCCUAUAUAAGAUACGUGGAAGGCUAG